CUGCCGGCCCGGCCAGGCGGCGGCGGCUUCCCAGGCCGGCGGGGCGCGCGGCGAUGCGCGCGGGGCGCAGCUCUGGCCGCAGGGCCCGGCCCCGGAGGGCGGCCCGCGCGACAGGAACUUUCUCUUCGUGGGAGUGAUGACCGCCCAGAAGUACCUGCAGACCCGCGCUGUGGCCGUCUACAGAACCUGGUCCAAGACAAUUCCUGGGAAAGUCGAAUUCUUCUCGAGCGAGGGCUCCGACACCUCCAUCCCCAUCCCCAUCGUGCCCCUGCGGGGCGUGGACGACUCGUACCCGCCCCAGAAGAAGUCUUUCAUGAUGCUCAAGUACGUGCACGACCACUAUUUGGACAAGUACGAGUGGUUUAUGAGAGCGGACGAUGACGUUUACAUCAAAGGGGACCGCCUGGAAAACUUCCUGAGGAGUCUGAACAGCAGCGAGCCCCUGUUUCUCGGGCAGACGGGCCUGGGCACCACGGAGGAGAUGGGCAAACUGGCCCUGGAGCCGGGCGAGAACUUCUGCAUGGGGGGCCCGGGCGUGAUCAUGAGCCGGGAGGUGCUCCGCAGGAUGGCGCCGCACAUCGGGAAGUGCCUGCGGGAGAUGUACACCACCCACGAGGACGUGGAGGUGGGGCGCUGCGUGCGCAGGUUCGCGGGCGUGCAGUGCGUCUGGUCCUACGAGAUGCAGCAGCUUUUUUAUGAGAAUUACGAGCAGAACAAAAAGGGAUACAUUAGAGAUCUCCAUAACAGCAAAAUCCACCGAGCCAUCACGCUGCACCCCAACAAAAACCCGCCCUACCAGUACCGGCUGCACAGCUACGUGCUCAGCCGCAAAAUCGCCGAGCUGCGGCACCGCACGGUCCAGCUGCACCGCGAGAUUGUCCUCAUGAGCAAGUUCAGCAACACGGAGACGCGCAAGGAAGACCUGCAGCUGGGGGUCCCCCCGUCCUUCAUGCGCUUCCAGCCCCGCCAGCGGGAGGAGAUCCUGGAGUGGGAGUUUCUGACGGGGAAGUACCUGUACUCGGCGGCCGAUGGCCAGCCCCCGCGGCGGGGCAUGGACUCGGCGCAGAGGGAGGCCCUGGACGACAUUGUCAUGCAGGUCAUGGAGAUGAUCAAUGUCAACGCCAAGACCAGAGGCCGCAUCAUCGACUUCAAGGAGAUCCAGUAUGGCUACCGCCGGGUCAACCCCAUGUACGGGGCCGAGUACAUCCUGGACCUCCUGCUGCUGUACAAGAAGCACAAGGGGAAGAAGAUGACGGUGCCCGUGCGCAGGCACGCCUACCUGCAGCAAACCUUCAGCCGCGUCCAGUUUGUGGAGCACGAGGAGCUGGACGCAGAGGAGCUGGCCAGCAAGAUCAACCGCGAGUCCGGCUCCUUGUCCUUCCUCUCCAACUCCCUGAAGAAGCUCGUCCCCUUCCAGCUGCCCGGGGUCAAGAGCGAGCACAGGGAACCCAAAGACAAAAAGAUCAACAUCUUGAUCCCUCUGUCGGGACGUUUUGACAUGUUUGUGAGGUUUAUGAGCAACUUCGAGAAGACGUGUCUCAUCCCGAGUCAGAACGUCAAGCUGGUUGUCCUGCUUUUCAACUCCGACUCCAACCCCGACAAGGCCAAGCAGGUGGAGCUCAUGAGGGACUACCGCCUCAAGUACCCCAAGGCCGACAUGCAGAUCCUGCCCGUGUCUGGAGAGUUCUCGCGCGCGCUGGCCCUGGAAGUCGGGUCUUCCCAGUUUCAUAACGAAUCUUUGCUUUUCUUCUGUGACGUCGACCUCGUGUUUACUACAGAAUUCCUGCAGCGAUGUCGGGCAAACACAGUGCUGGGCCAACAAAUCUAUUUUCCCAUCAUCUUCAGCCAGUACGAUCCAAAGAUUGUUUAUAGUGGGAAAGUUCCCAGUGACAACCAUUUUGCCUUUACUCAAAAAACGGGCUUUUGGCGAAACUAUGGGUUUGGCAUCACUUGUAUUUACAAAGGAGAUCUCGUCCGAGUGGGCGGCUUUGACGUCUCCAUCCAAGGCUGGGGGCUUGAGGACGUGGAUCUUUUCAACAAGGUGGUCCAGGCAGGUUUGAAGACUUUCAGGAGCCAAGAAGUGGGGGUCGUGCACGUCCACCACCCUGUCUUCUGUGACCCCAAUCUCGAUCCCAGACAGUAUAAAAUGUGUUUGGGGUCCAAAGCCUCCACAUACGGGUCGACGCAGCAGUUGGCGGAAAUGUGGCUAGAAAAAAAUGACCCGAGUUACAGUAAAAGCAGCAAUAAUAAUGGCUCCAUGAGGACAGCCUGAUGUCCAGCUCUGCUGGCAAAGACAUUUUUAAUUAUCUAAUUUAUUUUUCAAGAAUUUUUUGUAUGAUCAGUUUUUGAAGUCCAUACAAGGAUAUAUUUUACACGUGAUUUUCUUACAAAACGACUCUUUGGAGAUGGAGCUUUUUGAACAAAAUGUGAUCAUGUUUACCUUUGAACACAUUUUUUUUUUUUUUUGGCUGACCAUUAUGUAGCAGACCUGCUUAAUUAUGACUUGAAAUGUACCUGGUGACCGAACCGUUUUUGUUGUUCCAUUUCCUUGUCAGACCCCUUAGCUGCAGUCCUAUGGCAGAAAACCUGAACGUUCCUGCAAAGUAUUAUUGUAACAAAACACUGUAACUCUGGGAAAUGUUUUGUUGUAACUGUUAACAUUGCACAGUUUCUACCUUUUGUCUUUUUUUAGGACGGUUUUUUUUUUUUAAGCCAUUUUGUGUUGCAGUUGUAAAAUAAGGAAAUGUGAUGCUAGCUGUGUCAUCCUCUUCAAGAGAGCUUUCCAGAGUGUCCCUGUGCGCGUGUCGGUCAUGUCGAUUUUUAAAAGCAAAGGGAGCGAGGAAAGCACAAAAAGAUAACAUGGCUCUCCAUGUAAUUCGCGUGCCCGCCUGGACCUGGCAUUAAAUUCCAAGGAUUUGCUCUUUUCCCUUUUCCUGACUCUUCUCUUUAAAGGGUAAAAUAUUAAUAUUUAGAAUGUCAAAGAAGAAUUAAGGUAAUAAAUCUAAUGUACGCAAGCUAAAACAAAAACAGGAAAAAACCUGCCCUGAUGAAAACAUUGGCAAAAAACAAACAGAAAAAAAAAAACGAUUUGCUUUUUGUUCACUUCAUCCUGUCUGUGUUACCUUGGUGGAGAUGGCUGUUUCAUUUUUUAAUUGCCGUUUUUUCGUUUGUAUCUGGAAUUCCUUUAAUUUAUUUAAUGUUCAUUGUUUAGAGCGCUGCCAUUUCUCAAGUACCUGUUAGUUGCUAGUAUUUAUGUGUAUCAGGAGUGUUCUUAGUGUGUUUUAUUUGCAGUAAACUGAUCUCCAAAGAUUUCCUUUUGAAAACGCUUUUCCCCCUCCUUAAUUUUCACAUUCCUUACUGUGUUACUAAAUAUUAAGUGUUCUUUGACAAUUUUGGUGCUCACAUGUUUUGGGGACAAAAGUGAAAUGAAUCUGUCAUUACACCAGAAAGUUUGUUUUUAAACUCACGGAUCAAAUGUGCCUUAAUAAAUUUGUUUUUCAUUUAGAUUUCAAAGUCCUAGACUUGCCAUUUUAAUAUACAUCAUUGGAGACCUGCUUAUUUGUAAAUAGCCUGUUGCUCAUUCGGAAAAAAUAAACCAGUGAACAGUAUUUUUCUAUUGUA